GUAUGGCUGACACAAAAUUGUUGAUAUUAUUAUUUUGUUGUAAAUUUCAAAUAACUUUUUUUGUGUCAAACAGUUUGUAAACACAAACACAUUGACAGUCAGUACAGUAGUAAUGAAUGUUAUGGUAAGUGAAACACCCGAUAGUUUUGGCCAAUCAUCGACAGAUGUUGUCCGACCACCCGAUGAAACAACAGUUAGUCCAGCGGUGGUGAUCCCUGAGGACGGUGCGGAAGACAAGUCGAUCAGUGCUGAUCCGCAACAACAACAGUCGGCCUCAGACAUCGAUGCGACCAAAAUUUUGGUCAUAAACUUCGGUUCGCUGUACUUGCGGUUGGGCCGCGCCUGUGAUCCGAUACCCAAAUGUGUCCACAAUGUAAUCGCUCGCCGCAACCGAAGCAAACAAUUGCCGCCACGCGAAGACAGUCUGUUGAUCGCUGCCAAUGCCGUUGACGCCGAACUCGAGAAAUGUCUGGACAACUGCCAAAAGAGUGUCACAAACGUAUUAACCGCAUGUCGUACUACAUCUGGUCGACCAAUAAGUUCAACCAAUCGUGAAGUUAUUGUUGAUUUUAAUAGACGAUCAAAACCUAUUGUUUUGUCGGCCAAUAGCACAGCUAACGGUAAACACUGGACUCAAGUGGACAACAAUGAAGAUGUUCUUAUCGGUGACGAUGUCCUCUAUCUUAAACCCGGACAACCCUUUCAUAUAAGGUGUCCAAUUAGACGCGGUAAUCUCAAUAUCAACGAUGCUUUGGGCGGAUCUCUGACAACAGUCAUUGCAGACUUGGAAACCAUUUGUCGCAAAAGUAUUACUAAGUAUUUGGAAAUACCUGUCAAUGAACUAAAUCAAUAUAAAGUAGUAUUAAUAAUACCAGAUGUCUAUAACAGAAAUCAUAUCAAGUAUUUGAUUGAUAUGUUGUUAAAUGAUAUGCGAUUUCAAUCAUGUCUUGUCAUUCACGAAGCCGUAUGCGCGACAUUUGGUGCGGGACUGUCUACGGCUUGUGUUGUGGAUGUUGGACAUCAAAAGACAAGUAUCUGUUGUAUUGAAGACGGUUUCGGCUCAAGAAAUAGUCGUCUGACACUGGAUUACGGCGGAAGUGAUAUCACACAAGUGUUUCAUUAUCUACUAAAACAACUAUCAUUUCCCUAUGGAUGUAAUAACAAUUCACAACUCGGAUCACUAUUUCUGCAAGACUUGAAAGAAAAAUGGUGUCAUUUAGAUGUCAAUAGUUAUACACAAAAGGAAAAGCAUUUUCGGAUAACAAUUCCCGAACAGCCAGUACUCGAGUAUAAGAUAAUAGUUGGCGACGAAUCGCUUAGAGCUCCGUUAGCUUUCUUCUAUCCGGAUAUGUUUGCCUUAACCAUGAGUUCUGGAAAACGAAUGCGAAUACUUCGACGAAACGAAGGACAUCCAGAUGAUCCGUUUGAUGAAAACUAUUUAAUUUUGACAAAACGAAAAUAUGGAGACAAUAGCGAUAAUUUGUCGCAAAUCACUAAUGACACGACCGGUACGGACAUCAACAUUGACGACGACUUGGAUGUUGGAUGCGAUGUGAUCACAGCUAACGAUAAAGAGAUCAAUUCUGAUCAACAGUUGCUUAGCUUAGAUCAGGCUAUCAUACAGUGCAUAGAACAGUGCGAAUCGGACGAUAUGAAGAAUCGUAUGUUUGGAUCAAUACUGUUAUGCGGCGGUGGACUGGCCUUCAAUGGUAUUGAUAAAUGGCUUCUCAAUUGUCUGACAAAACAAGUUGGACCACAAUUUGAUUCACAAAAGAUUGAGAUAAUCAUAAAACCAAAAGAUAUGGAUUCGCAAAUUGUCAGUUGGAAGGGAGCAGCUGUACUAAGUCUAUUGGAUUCGGCACAAGACUUGUGGAUUACCGGCGAUGACUGGAACCGAUUGGGUCUUAAAGUGUUAAGAGAAAAAACAUCAUUUGUUUUUUGA